AUGUUAAUACAUUUUCCAAAAGAAAAGCACGAUACGAUACCUAUCGUUUUAGUAAUAGAAACGUACUUCUCAAGCUCCAGACCGGGGAGACCACCGAAGCGGGCCUCCGGGGUCGGUCUCUCGCUCGCCGCAACCCAGUUCCCAGGACACCCGUUCAAGAAGCACCGCCUGGAGAACGGCGACUACUCGCCCUACGAGAACGGCCAUAUGAGCGAAAUGGCCCGAAUGGAGAAGUCACCGCUCCUCGCCAACGGAUACAACGCACCUCCGACGCAUCUUGGACCCAUGGGCUUCAUGCACCAGCAUGCGCUAAUGUCACCGGGAAUGCCGCAUCCAGGAGUUCCUAGGCCUGACGGCUCCAUAAUCAAGGGGCAGCCGAUGCACAAUAUGGAAGCUCUUGCAAGAUCUGGUAUUUGGGAGAAUUGUAGAGCCGCUUAUGAGGACAUCGUAAAACAUCUCGAAAGAUCCGUGUGUCGGAUAGAAUUACAGUCGGACACCGGGCCGUGUACCGAUGUGUCACUGUCAGGCGAGGAUCGGCCCGCGGCGCGGCGGGCGCUGGAU